UGACUAACAAUGACUUUUCAUUCCAGCUCGUAAUGAAGGCAGUUUUAUCAGUUGUACCUUAUUUCGAAGAAGUUUUUGCUUUUAACACGUACAAUUUUUAAUGAUGACGGGGAUUCCUAAACUACCAGGUUAUAGCUUCACGGAUCCAACUAUUCAAAAAUUUCACGUUUCGCAAACGUUCAACUUGUGCAAUGGGUAUAGAGUAGCUAGAACGAAUUAUUGCGGCAUAGGCGGUACGGAAUUAGCUGCGAAUUCGUCCAGAUUUAUUCAAGCGAAAGAUACUUGCAGUUACGAUCCGACGUUAACUUACGGUCGGCCAAAAGCCAAUAAAGCGCCACAGUUUAUACCGCAUUUCGCCCUGUAUACUAAUAAGAAUCUGUGCUUCCAAGCGUUUUUUAAGCAAGGAAUUUUGGAUUCGCCAGUCGAACACUACAGGGUUAGAAGAGUUAAAAUUAUAUACUAUUUAGAGGACGAUACUAUAUCCGUGUUCGAACCGACUCGAAGAGAUAGUGGUAUCUACCAAGGAAAUGUUGUGAGAAGAGGUCGGAUUCCGAAGGACAAUUUUGGCGAGGUUUGGCAUUGGAAAGACCUAAAUGUUGGUAAAGACAUAUCACUUCAAGGAAUUGUUUUUCAUACUGUAGACUGUGACAAAUGGACCAGAGAAUACAUGGCUUCACAAGGAUUAAUUAUGAACGAUCCAGAAGAGAUGCCUGAAGAUCCGUAUCUCUUCACAAGAGAGAACAAGCUGAAACCUCACUUUAUAAAAACGAAAUCGUGCAAUGACAAAUUAAGGAAAUUUCUAGAAUACGAUGGAAAAAUACUUACUUUUAAAGCAGCUUGGGACGAUAGAGAAAAUGAGUACGGGGACCUGAUGAAAUAUGAAUUUUUGUAUUUCCUAUCCGAUGAUACAGUUUCAGUAAGAGAAAUACAUCAACCCAACGAUGGUAGAGAUCCCUAUUGCAUGUUACUAAGACGAGUCAAAUUACCCAAGCGUUACAACGACACGCCGAGCACUUACCCCGCCAUUUAUUUAGAAAUGACCGAUGCAGAAGUUACUCAAUACUACCACCCUCUCGAUUUUCAAAUAGGCGAAACUAUUUUCGUCCUCGGUCGCGACAUGUUGCUCUACGAUUGCGAUCAAUUUACUAGAGAUUAUUACAAAAAUGCUUUGGGCAUCACGCAAAAGCCUCCACUGGAUAUAUCAGAACCGGGACCUCCUCCAGUACCCAAGCAAACGCCACCUCACAAUGGCGUUGGUUCCUUGGAAGAUUCCUUCCAAAGCACUCUAUCGUUUAUUGUUAAACCACAGAGGAAGAACAUCACACAAAGCAGAUUGAAUGCUAAUAAAUAUAUGACGUACGAAAUGGUAAUGGAUGCUGUACACCCAGAGGACACGAUCCGGCGAUUCGUAAUGAAAUACGCUCUAGGUGAUGGAACUUGCAAAAUUCGCGAACCUCCUAUUAAAAAUUCUGGAAUAAUGGGCGGAAUGUAUUUGAGACCUACGUUGUUGGUGAAACCAGGUUCCGAACGUUUGAAUCCAGACUACUACACACCCGUAGACUUCUACAUCGGGGCUACUAUAACUGUGUUUAAUCAAAGAUUUAAAAUCAUCGGAGCCGACCUGUACGUUUACCGAUACAUGGAGGCCAAUCCGGAUAAAUUCCCGGCCGAAGUAGUCGAAAACAUGAGGAACUACAUGUUCAAGAAAGGAUACUUGAAAUACGAUGUAGACGAUAAAAUUAAGGAGAUAGUUGAAAACGAAAAUCGUUGGGACGCGAACGCUGGUAUAGAAAAACUGAAAACUGUACAGCAGGAAUUGAAAGAAUGCCAGGAUAAAUUGAACGUACAAGCCGAUCCAAAGAAAGAUAAAGAAAUGAGAGAUCGAAUUUACGCGGAAUACGAAGACACCAUGGUGCACGACAAACCGUACCCGCCUUACGGUAUCAAAGACUACGGAAAAGAAUGCCCGUAUUCCAUUUACUCGGGAGAACCUCAUUCGACCGUAUGCCGAGAAGACGAAGCAGUCGAAUAUUCCUCCUUCACGCCCAAGCACAUCGAAACUCCCGAAGAAGCUAGAGCGAAGUACUACGGUCAGGUGUUGACAGAUCAGCACAAGAUUUGCGACGGUUCCAAGCCCAUCGAAUGCAUACCGCCGCCUCCGCUGGGGCCGCCGCCGGAGGUGGUCCCGCCGAUACCGAAGCCUAUAAUGACCAGCGAGCCGGACGUGCCGCCUCCGCUGUGCAAGACGAAGCAAGUGAGGUUUUCGGAUGAGGUCAAGGAUAGGUGCAAUAUAGACCGGUAUGACCUGUGCGAUUUGAAGCGGAAAAUCAAUCUGGCUGGUUGCACGGAUUACGAGAGGGAAUGCAUUCCUCCUCCUGUUGAAAAGCACUAAGACAAAACGGAUACGAAGGUUUUUUUUUUAGAUUUUUUUACAAAAUAAUAAAUUAUAGCA